GGAGACUAAGGCUGAAAUGCGGAGAGAUGAACUUGCUGCCAUCUCAGGACCAAAUGAGUUUGCAGAAUUCUACAAUCGGCUGAAACAGAUAAAGGAGUUUCACAGAAAGCAUCCAAAUGAGAUUUCCAUUCCUAUGUCUGCAGAGUUUGAAGAGCUGAUGAAAGCCAGAGACAAUCCCAGUGAAGAAGCUCAGAACCUGGUGGAGUUCACUGAUGAAGAAGGAUAUGGCCGCUACCUGGAUCUCCACGACUGCUACCUUAAGUUUAUCAACCUCAAGGGAGCUGAAAAACUGGAGUACAUCACCUACUUGUCUUCGUUUGACCAGCUAUUUGACAUUCCCAAGGACAGGAAGAAUGCUGAAUACAGAAAGUAUUUAGAGAUGCUGCUGGAGUAUUUGCAGGACUACACCGACAGAGUCAAGCCUCUUCUGGACCAGAACGAGCUGUAUGGGAAAGUGCUGUCAGACUUUGAUAAGAAAUGGGAGAACGGGACUUUCCCAGGCUGGCCUAAAGAGACGAGUAGUGCUUUGACACAUGCAGGAGCUCACCUGGAUCUCUCAGCUUUUUCAUCUUGGGAGGAGUUGGCGUCUUUGGGUCUGGACAGAUUGAAGUCUGCCCUCAUGGCUUUGGGACUGAAGUGUGGAGGGACUCUUGAGGAACGAGCGCAGAGGUUGUUCAGCACCAAAGGCAAAUCCCUUGAAUUACUCGACCCGUCACUGUUUGCCAAGAAUCCUAAAGCCAAGGGUCCUAAAAAAGACACAGAGCGUAACAAAGAAAUUGGCUUCCUUGAGGCUCAAGUCUAUGAAUAUGUGGAGAUUCUUGGGGAGCAGAGGCAGCUGACUCACGAGAACGUGCAGAGGAAACAGGCUCGAACAGGAGAGGAACGUGAGGAAGAGGAGGAGGAACAGCUCAGUGAGAGUGAAAGUGAAGAUGAAGACAAUGAAAUCAUCUACAACCCCAAGAACCUUCCGCUUGGUUGGGAUGGCAAGCCAAUUCCCUACUGGCUCUACAAACUUCAUGGGCUGAACAUCAACUACAACUGUGAGAUCUGUGGAAACUACACUUACAGAGGGCCCAAAGCCUUUCAGAGGCACUUUGCGGAGUGGCGACAUGCUCAUGGUAUGCGCUGCCUUGGAAUCCCCAACACCGCUCACUUUGCCAAUGUCACUCAGAUUGAGGAUGCCGUGUCUUGUAAGUUUUUAAAAAAUACUUUUUGCCUGUAUUAUUUUAACAUCCAGUUCAGGCUGCAUUAUAUUAUUGGUUCAGCAUUCAGGGUUCGCACUGUUAAGAAUUAUCAGGGCUGGAAGCAAAAUGGGCCGCGUCGCCGACCGAACGGUCCUCCGUAA